GAUAUAAGUGUCUGGAUUUCCCCUGCACUGUUUUAUACCUUUCCAAUAAGCCUAUUUGGUUUCAAGAUAGCAAAUUACUCCCAAAAUGAACCAUGAAUACGACACAAUCGCAGAAGCGAUUCGCUCUAGAUCAAGAAACCAUUCUAAGAAGCGAUUGAUCGUUGCCGUUGCAGGAAUUCCCGGGGCAGGCAAAACCACAACCGCGACGGCCGUCACGCGACGUCUCAAUUCCGGCCCCUCUGCCAUAAAGACCGCUCUACUCUCCAUGGAUGGCUUCCACCUGUCGCGGGCGACACUGGAUCAGCUCCCGAAUCGUGAAGAAGCAUAUCUUCGCCGCGGAGCACCGUGGACAUUCGACUCUGCGCGGUUCGUGGCCUUCGUGCGACGAUUACGAGAAUGGGCGGAUGCCGAAGCCAACGCAGAGAAAAGCAAACCCCCUCUAUACGCGCCAUCCUUUGACCAUGAAGCCAAGGACCCCGUUGAAAAUGGCAUCGCCAUCACAGACGAUGUCUCCAUCCUCAUCCUCGAAGGGAACUAUCUGCUCCUAGACGAGACUGAUUGGCGGGAUGUCGCGACGCUGUGCGAUUAUCGGGUGUUUAUUGAUACCGAUCUACAGGAGGCUCGGGAGCGUGUUGCACGGAGGCAUCUCAGCGCGGGCAUCGAGAAGACGCUAGAAGAUGGGUUUCGCAGGGUGGAUAGGAAUGAUUAUUUGAAUGCGCUGACGAUUCGGGAGAAGUUGAUCGCGCCUGAUAUGGUGGUGCGGAGUAUACAGGAGGUUGUAUAGCGUCUAGUCUUUCUCGGGUAAUGAUAAUGU